UACGUCUAUGGGCCCAGGCCGCUCUCAGUUGUCUCUCUGUCAUAAACAUUCAUUGACAAUUGUUUCGCAUCUGGUUUGUGGGAAGGUGCGCCUUUGAAGUGAUGUAAUAUACUAUAUAACGGAGUUGUACAGUCUUUCUCUUAUUUAUAACUUAAAAAUAACACAAUCACAGUAAUCGUGAUGAUUAAUCCUGCACAAAAACUAGUGUCUUUCCUCAAGUACUGGUACUUUCGGUACACGCUUGUCACGGAACUGUACAUGGUCGAAGAAUGGGAGAGAAAUUUUAUUCAUAUUUGUUUUCUGGCAUUGUUCCUUCUUUUCUUUAUGUUCAAUUACACGAUAGUGUUGCCAGUUACACAAUAUGUAAGAAGUUAAACUAUCUCCUACUAGUUAUUUCUAAAAAUUUAUACAAGAAAUGGAUUUUCCCCUAAUCACCAUUCCAUCAAUUUACGAAAGAAGACUGUUAGUAUAAAAAAUGUGUAAUAAAAAUACAUAUUAAAUCAACUGUGAGUAUUAAAUUUAAUUAUCAUUCGGAAUAAAUUUGUGUUCAUUUCUGACAAAAACAAAUCCGCAAUAAAUUAGUCUUCUCAGACAUCUUGGUUUCAACAGAUUUUGGAAACAUGUAUAUUUUAUAUAUAUAUUUUUUUAUUUUAAUUAUAUAUAAAAAAUACGUGUUUCGUGUUUUUUUUAAUUGUCAUCAAGUAUUAAAACAUUAGUAGAAUGUGUGUGCAUAUAAUAAAUAUUCAAAUUUUCGUUUUAACUCUCCAGCAGACAUGUUAAUAACAUAGAGUGCAUACGGUUUGCUGACUCAAUAUUGUUCAAUACAAAAGAUCUCAAUGAGAAACACAUCUAAUAAUUGCACAUAAUUGCAUUUAUGAUCGCGUGACAAGUUUAGAAUAUUAUCUCAUUGUCUUAGAGCGCGGUCAAAGCCGCAAAUGUUUCGAAGCAUCAUUCUAUCUUUAUUUUACAUUUAACGAGAAAUAAAUGAUAUAGAAUAUGACGUAUCGAAACAAUUGCAGUGAGACUUCGACCGCACCCGAGAAAUAAAGAUAAAAUGAAACAUUUGCAGCGAGAGACUUUUUGACCCACACCCUUAUGUACAAAAUUUAUAUUAUAUACAAAAAACAUAACUCGGUCACAAAUUGGCAACAUGCGAUGCGUGCAAAGUUUUAACGUGCUUACCGGAGAGUUAAUAUUAAAUUGAUUAUAUACGAAUAUAACCAUUAACCAAUGUACUUAUAUUAUAACAAUUUUCAUAUUAUAUUAUAUAUAUAUUUCGUAAGUUCAUAUCAAUUCAGUGAUUUUUUUUUUUUUUUUUUUUUUUAUCGUUAUUCUAAAUUCUUAUUACAUUUGAUAUCUUUCCCAUUGUUUCGAAAUUUAAAUAAUGUACAUAAAUAAUACAAUUUCUCAUCUGGCAAUGAUGAACAUCAACACAGACACAGCUUUUUACCUAAUAUAUUUAACAUUAUAAAUAGGCACAAUAGGAAUACGAUCCAGAUCUUGCAAUAAUGUUGUUUUUGUUGUAACUUUAGUUUACGUAUAAAGGUUUUAAAUUUUUUAGCGUUAUUUCGCAGUUUUACAAUAAUAAUAAACACUAAAUUGCCAUCUUCAUUAGGCAACCAUUUUGGUAUCUUGUUUUCUUUAUAAAAAUUAUUAAAAUAUAUAUAUUAUAAAAAAAAAAAAAAAAAAAACUGUUCCCGUUACAUUAAAUUAUAGAUACUGAAAGUAACUGUGUGUGUUAAAACCAAGGAUAUAACGUAGUUAAAAAUAAAAUAGAAAAAAAAAAAAA